AUGUUUUUAUUAAGCGUCAGUUAUUUUGGAGAAGGAAUUACACAUGAGAUUCGUCCUAUGAAAAACAACCAACCAAUUCCUUCUCUAGAAUCAGUAGCUUUUAGAGUUUUAUCCCAACUUAAGGUUGUGCCCUACACAGCGGAAACCCGAGUAAUUUGCCCCCCAGUAAUGGUUAUUGUAGGAAUCGAACCUACCGAACAAAAUGAAGUUCAAACCAUUAUAACCGUCUUUGGAGAUCAAAAAUUAUAG